AGAGGAGAGAGAGAGAGAGAGAGAGAGAGAGAGAGAGAGAGAGAGAGAGAGAAAUGUGCGCCCUCCCUCCAGACACCCUCCUCUGACCGAGGAAAGUGGCCUGGGGCACAGAGUAGGAGAGAAGCUGCGGGCACAGAAGACGGGAAGAGACCCUGCAUUGCUGAGUGGACUGCGGAGGAACUCGGCGGGGCGGACAGACUGACGCAAGGACUGCCAACCAGCGAGAGUGGGAGCUUGGCGAGCAGGGCGCAGAAAGCUAGAUUCCGGCGCUGAGCUGCUAGACUGACAGACAGACGGUCCGACCGACAGAUCUGCAGACUCUCCAGAGGAGCAGACGUGAGGCGGGGGCUCCUUGACUGUCUGCAACCUGCGGGACAGAGGCGGCAGCCGUGCCCUCUGCGAGAGUCCGGACCAGUGAUUAGCCUCAGGGCCGGCGGGGACGCGAGCCGAAGCCACCUCGGUAGCCGCUGCAGCCCUGGCUGCCACAGCUGUGCGGGGACCCCAGCCUACACUGCAGAAAGGUCCUUUUAAUAGCAGUUAAAUCAAUCGGAAAAAAAAAAAAAAAAAAGCAACAACAAAAAGACAAGCCAAAAAUCAAACCAAACCAACUCAGCCAAAUCAAUCAUUAAGAAACAAUAAUAUUAAUAAAAGCCUAAACCAAAUCAAAUCAACCAAGGCAACAAGACGCUCGGGGUAUAGCCACUGUUCAGUCAAGGUUGACGAUGAUGUGUCAAAGUGUGUAAGGGAACCUCGUGGAGAUGGGCAUUCCACACUGUUAAUGGGGACAUGGGACUCCAGUUGCCUCUGAUCAUUUGUGUGGAUUUUCCCGGUGUAGAACGACAGAAGCCGCUAAUAAGUUGCCAAGAACUACAGCAGGAACUCUGCGUGACAGAGCAUAAGACUUUGUUUUAAUUUGCAUCUGCGAGGAUGUCUGAGCAAGGAGACUUGAACCAGGCCAUUGUGGAGGAAGGAAGGGCUGAGCAGGAGGCGGCCACCCCAGAGAACGGCGUGGUUAAAUCAGAAAGCCUGGAUGAAGAGGAGAAGCUGGAGCUGCAGAGGCGACUGGCAGCUCAGAAUCAAGAGAGAAGAAAAUCCAAGUCAGGAGCAGGGAAAGGUAAACUGACUCGCAGUCUUGCUGUUUGUGAAGAGUCCUCGGCCAGACCAGGAGGCGAAAGUCUUCAGGAUCAGGAAUCAAUUCAUUUACAGCUUUCCAGUUUUCCCAGCCUACAAGAGGAGGAAAAGCCUAAGAAAGAUGACUCUGAAAGAGAAAAAGAAAAGGAUAAAAACAAAGAUAAGUCCUCUGAAAAACCCAAGAUCAGAAUGCUAUCAAAAGAUUGCAGUCAAGAAUAUACAGAUUCUACAGGUAUAGACUUACAUGAGUUUCUGAUUAAUACGUUAAAGAAUAAUUCCAGGGACAGAAUGAUUCUUUUGAAAAUGGAGCAGGAAAUUAUUGAUUUCAUUGGUGACAACAAUAACCAUUAUAAAAAGUUCCCUCAGAUGUCAUCGUAUCAGAGGAUGCUUGUCCAUCGGGUGGCAGCUUACUUUGGAUUGGAUCACAAUGUGGAUCAAACAGGAAAAUCUGUUAUCAUCAACAAGACCAGCAGCACCAGAAUACCAGAGCAAAGGUUUUGUGAACAUUUAAAAGAUGAAAAAGGUGAAGAAUCCCAGAAGCGGUUUAUCUUGAAGCGAGAUAACUCUAGUAUUGAUAAAGAAGACAAUCAGAAAAACAGAAUGCAUCUACUUAGAGAUGACAGACGAAGUAAAUCAAUUGAAGAGAGAGAAGAGGAGUAUCAGAGAGUGAGGGAGAGAAUAUUUGCCCAUGAUUCAGUUUGCUCCCAGGAAAGCCUUUUUGUGGAAAACAGUAGGCUCUUGGAAGACAAUAACAUAUGCAAUGAGACCUUUAAGAAAAGACAGCUGUUUCGGGGCAACAGAGAUGGCUCAGGGAGAACAUCUGGGAGUCGCCAGAGCAGCUCAGAGAAUGAAUUGAAGUGGUCUGACCAUCAGAGAGCCUGGAGCAGCACAGAUUCUGAUAGCUCCAACCGCAAUCUGAAGCCCACUAUGACCAAGACAGCCAGUUUUGGGGGCAUCACGGUGCUGACCAGGGGUGACAGCACAUCCAGUACCAGAAGCGCCGGGAAGCUGUCCAAAACAGGUUCCGAGUCUUCCAGCAGUGCAGGUUCCUCAGGAUCGCUGUCCCGCACCCAUCCUCCUCUCCAGAGCACAGCCCUGGUCUCAGGAGUGGCCACUGGCUCACCUGGCUGUGUGUCCUAUCCAGAGAAUGGAAUGGGGGGCCAGGUCCCUUCUAACAACACCAGCUACAUCCUCCUUCCACUUGAAGCUGCAACAGGCAUCCCGCCCGGAAGCAUCCUUCUUAAUCCACACACAGGCCAACCCUUUGUGAAUCCCGACGGAACUCCUGCAAUAUACAACCCGCCCGCUAGUCAGCAGCCCCUGCGGAGCGCCAUGGUGGGGCAGUCCCAGCAGCAGCCACAGCAGCAGCCCUCCCCUCAGCCUCAGCAGCAGGUGCAGCCUCCACAACAGCAGAUGGCAGGCACCCUGGUGACUCAGUCCGUCCAGGGCCUACAAGCAUCCUCCCAGUCAGUGCAAUAUCCAGCAGUCUCUUUUCCUCCCCAGCAUCUCCUGUCUGUGUCUCCAACGCAGCACUUCCCCAUGAGAGACGAUGUGGCAACGCAGUUCAGCCAGAUGAACCUGAGCCGGCAGUCCUCAGGCGACACUCCUGAGCCCCCUUCCGGUCCUGUAUACCAGUCCUCUCUCAUGCCACAACCCCCCCAGCAGCCAAGCUAUGUCAUCGCCUCCACAGGCCAGCAACUGUCCACAGGAGGGUUCUCGGGCUCCGGACCUCCCAUCUCCCAGCAAGUUCUUCAGCCACCGCCCUCACCACAGGGAUUUGUGCAACAGUCUCCCCCCACACAGAUGCCUGUGUAUUAUUAUCCAUCUGGUCAGUACCCUACCUCAACUUCACAACAGUAUCGGUCCAUGGCCUCAGUGCAGUACAAUGCUCAGAGGAGUCAGCAGAUGCCACAGGCAACGCAGCAAGCAGGUUAUCAGCCAGUCUUAUCUGGCCAACAAGGAUUCCAAGGCCUACUGGGAGUGCAGCAGCCACCUCAAAGUCAGAGUGUGAUGAGCAGCCAACAAGGAGCUCCGGUGCAAAGCAUGAUGGUCUCCUACCCAACAAUGUCUUCUUAUCAGGUGCCAAUGACCCAAGGUUCUCAAGGACUGCCCCAGCAGUCAUACCAACAGCCAAUCAUGCUACCUAACCAGGCGGGCCAAGGGUCCCUCCCAGCCCCUGGAAUCCCUGUUUACUGUAACAUCACACCGUCAACCCCUCAGAACAACCUUAGGCUGAUUGGUCCACACUGCCCCUCCAGCACUGUCCCCAUGAUGUCGGCUAGCUGCCGGACAAACUGUGCAAAUAUGAACAAUACUGGUUGGCAAGUCAAGUUCUGAGAGCUCUGGCUGUGGUACAUUUCAUCAAAUAUCAUUCAUGGCCUUUAAGAGAAGAGCAUGUUGGGAAAAAUGGCUGAGGACUUAAGUGUUCUCUCAACAAAUGAUUGCUGCUGGUAUUCUGUAAAAAUAAACAAAGAGUAACACACACAUUAGCUGGUUAAUGGUGCAUAUUUCUGUCAUGUCUGCUAGAUAUGCCUUUAUAGCUUAGCUAGUGACAUGAAUUCAUCAAGGUAAGAUUUUCUCCUACCACUGAAUACCACUGUGUAGAUCAUAAUAUCCCUAAUUUGGAUUAGUUUUGUACUUUGUGUUGAGUUUGUGAUGCUAAAAGUAUUUAAAAUUAUAUACUAAAUCAUCUUGUACCAAAGCUGUAAUGGAAAAGAAUUGAUGAAUGGAAGGAAUAAUUUAUAUACACUAUAGAGUUUUCUUUUUUAAUGGAUAUAUACUGUAUUGUAGUGUUAAAUCUAAAUAAAAAUAUUUGACCUUAUGGAGGAAGGUCAU